AAAUCUUUGAGGAAUUAAAUAUUAAAUUUUUAUAUCACAAAUCUUUCUUUAAUGUUUUCUAAAAAUUAAAUCUGUAGAUAUGUAAAAAGCAUACUAAGCACAAUUAUUCUAUGAAUUAAAUAUUUAAAUAAUUAUUAACUAGCCAUCCCUUCGCUAAAAUAACUAACAUAUUAAUAUAAACGUUUACGUAAGCAUUAUAAAGUAAACACAAAUCAGGGUUUUCGUAGCGAAUCAUUAAACUAAUUAUAACUAGAUCCUCGUAAUCAUCUUAUAAAUUUGCUUCUAUCUAACUUAUAGCGUAUUCUGCGUAUUUGCCGCUGUAUGCGUCGAAUCUUAGCGCCGCAAUUUAAAGUCGCAGCGCAAACGCUCGCCCUUUCGGCGCGACCGAAAGGGCGAGAAAGGGCCAGCGGGGUUCUAUAGCGCAAUACGGCACUCAAAUUUCGAAGGGGUCGCGCAUCAUGCUGCUGCACCCCCGCGCGCGCGAUCUUUCCGCGAAAGGGGUGGUAGGGGGGCUUCGGCGGACGGCGGAUUCACCCCCUCGCGAAUUGGCAGAGUACGAGGAAGCGGGGCAGCGUCGGACGGUCGCCGCCAAUCGCUGCUGUCCCCGUCCACCGAUAAACUAUCGCGUCUGCGCCCUCGGCUGGUUAUCUCGUCGGUUCCCUUCGUCGCCCUUGGUUCGGGUACCGCGCGCAAGGCCGCAGACCUAUCACUUCUUUGGCGACAGCCGUCGGGGUAACAUCCUCGCUCUUGCUCUCAGUCCUUGCUCUCUUCUCCCAUCCCUUCGACUCUUCACAUUGCCGUCAGAAACCAACGUUUCCGAACUUCCCACUCAAAUUCGCUUCCCGUUCUCAGCCAGAGCUCUCACGAGCUUCCUCCUUUGAUCUGUCCUCCUUCAAACCCUUACUCUUAAUUAGUUUCUCAUUUCUCAUAUAUUACCGUCGUUUAUUCAUUUACAUACUUGUCCAGUUUUGUUUAUUUUUUCGCUGUUGUUUGUUCGGUUCGAUUUCGUAAAGAUCGUCUUGAUCGGGACUGACUGUUUCUACUUCGCGUCGCAGUGAAAGAGAUCUGACGAUUUGACGUUUCGGUUUCCGAGCGUGCGAGUACUAGUCGGUCUUAAUGUUUCUCGCUGAGCGUUCAGGUAAAUUAUGCUUUCGUUAUUAUCCAAUUUUUAGUUUUUCAAAUAUACGUGACAUUACAAUUUUCGUGAAAAUUUCUCUUAACAUUUUCGCUAUGUUUUGAUUCUACAAAACUUUUAAGAUUUUUUCGAAUAAUAUACGUGCGAUUUUAUUUGCAAUUUUAAAUCGGUCGGUUCUUUAUAUUUGCCGAAUCGUUUUCUUGCUCCAUUCGUGAUUGUAUAUAACAAAGAUAUAAUCCUUCUCGAAAAACGCGAUUUUACGUUUUCGCUUAAUUUCAUCAUCGUGAAAAUAUUGCGGCUGAUGCAUCACGCUGUGAUGUAGUACGCGGCUGUCGCGCUCCGGAACCUUCUCGUGCCUUAAAAUCGCCGUCCAGAUCGUGACAAUAAACGUCCUGCCUUUGUGAUCUUUUUUCGAGAUUUUUAGAGACUUCCUUAUUGUUAUCACCAUUUUUUCGCUCUAAAUUCACCUGACUUCGUCGGCACCAGCGACGAACUGUAUCUAACGAGCUUAUCUUUUCCGAGUCGAUCAUCGAGCUAACCACGAGAUUGCCUUACCGAGACCCAGAUUCGUUUGGGUUUUUUGGGAGUUUUACCUAUCUCGAUAGAGGUUGAACGAAAAUUUCCGUCCCUUCCUUGUGCCUUUUACCACCUUUCCCGAUUUACUACUCCUGUUGUUGCGAUUGGGGCGAACGCUCGCGAUACCCCGCAAACACGAAGAUCCAACAACCCAUAGCCAAGAAGAUAUCGCCUUCCCAUAGAAGUCUCCCGUGCCGUUUCGCUUGAAACUCGCGCUGCACAUCUCACGAGCUCCACGGGUCCAUUCGAGCGAGAGGAUUCUUCGAACGCGAUUGAAUAACGCCAGGAUGACACCGGUGCGUCAAGUGAUUCUGGAGGUUUUCGUGCACGCAGGAGAUCGCCCCAAGCUAUCGCGAUGGCCACGCUGUCCUUGCGCAUUUCUAUACCGGAGAAGAAUGCUACCAAAAUGAUGCAGUUUGAUCCCAGCACAUCAGUCUACGACGCUUGCCGUAUUAUCAGAGAGAAACUCGCCGAAGCCACCAACAUGGGUCAACCCAAAGAUUACGGCCUGUUUCUCUCCGAUGAGGACGUGAAAAAGGGGGUUUGGCUCGAACCCGGGCGUAAUCUUGACUAUUACAUCUUGAGGAAUGGAGAUCUACUUGAGUAUCGUCGUAAGCUCCGUACACUUCGCGUCCGCAUGCUGGACGGGACACUGAAGACCAUGCUGGUGGACGACAGCCAGCCCGUGGCGAAUCUCAUGGUGGUCAUAUGCACGAAAAUAGGCAUCACGAAUCACGAUGAGUAUUCUCUGGUACGUGAGUUGAUGGAUGAGGAAACUGAGAAUCAAAAGCCAGGAAAUUUCGGCACUCUCACGUUGAAACGAAGAAAAGAAGAGAAGGGCGAGAGGGACGCCAAGAUGGAACAGUUGAGGAAAAAGCUAAAGACUGACGAUGAAGUCAAUUGGAUAGAUCCGAGCAAGACCCUGCGCGAGCAAGGCAUCGACGAGUCCGAAACCGUUCUGCUGAGAAGGAAGUUCUUCUUCUCGGAUCAAAAUAUCGACAGCCGUGAUCCCGUACAAUUGUCACUAUUGUACGUGCAAGCGAGGGACGCGAUUCUAGACGGCACGCAUCCGAUCACGCAGGAGAAGGCUUGCGUUUUCGCCGGGAUCCAGUGUCAAAUUCAAUUCGGCGAUCAUAAGGAGGAAAAGCACAAGUCGGGGUUCUUAGAUCUCAAGGAAUUUUUGCCGCAGUCGUACGCGAAGGUGAAGGGAAUCGAGAAGAAGGUUUACGCGGAGCACAAGAAGCACAUCGGGCUCUCGGAGCUGGACGCCAAGGUUCUGUACACGAAGACUGCUAGGUCACUGAACACCUAUGGCGUCACGUUCUUCCUCGUGAAGGAGAAGAUGAAGGGCAAGAAUAAACUAGUGCCGCGUCUGCUCGGCGUGACGAAGGACUCGGUCCUGCGACUCGACGAGAAGACGAAAGAGAUUCUGAAAACGUGGCCGUUGACAACUGUGCGCCGCUGGGGCGCCUCGCCGAACACCUUUACCCUCGACUUCGGUGACUACUCCGACCAAUAUUACAGCGUACAGACCACCGAGGCGGAGCAGAUACUCCAGCUGAUCGCCGGCUACAUCGAUAUCAUCCUGAAAAAACAAAAGGCGAAGGAUCACUUUGGUAUCGAGGGAGACGAGGGAUCGACCAUGGUGGAAGACAGCGUGUCGCCUCUCAAGGCUACCAUCAUGCAGCACGAAACUAGCAAUGUUGGUAAAGGAAAUGUAGAAGCUGUCUCGGUCGCAAUACCAGCUGUUAUGAGGGCCGGAGGAGAUGGGGCCCGACCAUAUGGAACCGGCCACAUAGGUGGUGCCCAAUACACGACUGUCAGUGGUCAAGUGAACAUCGCUCAUGCACCGCCUAUGGUCCAACAAACUAAGGUGACAUCCGUCCUAUCUGAACCGCAACGUGCCUUAUUAUCGACCAUCACCGCUGGUCACGAGGUAAUUCACAUCGCCGAGAUGGAACUCUCCACGAAGACCCAGCUGCCUGAACUCGGUACUGAUCCAGCGUCCCUGAGAUGGAUUGAGCAGACGAUUGACACGCACAAGCAGAAUGUCGGCUCGCAGAUCGCAGCGAUGAAUGCCGCAACCGCUCAGGUGGUUACGUUGACCUCCGGACCAGCGGAUGACGUCGACCAUACCGCGGUGGGAGCCGCGAUUACUACGAUCGCCACGAAUCUACCGGAGAUGACGAAGGGCGUGCGAAUGAUAGCCGCCCUCAUGGACGAUGAAUCGUCCGGUGAACGACUCUUGGACGCCGCCAGAAAACUCUGUUCCGCGUUCUCUGACCUGCUAAAGGCCACGGAGCCAGAGACCAAAGAGCCUUUCUACAUAACAUCUACACUGUAUGGACAAUAUCCACGGCAGAAUCUACUGAAUGCGGCGUCUCGAGUGGGUGAAGCGUCGCAUCAAGUAUUAACAACUAUUGGCGAGGAGGAUGCUUCGAAUCGCGAGUUGCAGGAUAUGUUACUUGCGCUCGCCAAAGCCGUGGCCAACACCACUGCUGCCCUUGUACUGAAAGCAAAGAACAUAGCUGCUACGUGCGAAGAUUCCGUCACACAGAAUAGAGUCAUAUCGGCCGCGACUCAGUGUGCACUGGCCACGUCGCAGCUCGUAGCAUGCGCCAAGGUAGUAGCCCCGACACUACAUUCGCCCGCGUGCCAGACGCAGCUGAUGAACGCUGUUCGCGAGGUUACCAAGGCUGUGGAGCGUCUCGUUCAAGUAUGCAACGAGACAUGCAGCGACGAGAACUUGCUGAAGGAAUUGAGCGUCGCUGCUAGCGAGGUCAGCCGUACCUUGAACGACCUCCUAAAUCACAUCAAGACCGCUACGAGAGGAGAACGCGCCAAGGAGUCCAUCCAGGAGGGUGCGGUAGAAACCAUUUUGGUUGCCACGGACAAAUUGUUCGCCAGUACCGGUGACGCUGGCGAGAUGGUGCGACAGGCGAGAGUAGUCGGUCAAGCGACAGCGCAGCUGAUUCAGAGCAUCAAAGGCGAGGCGGAGAGACAGACGGAUUCGGAGCAGCAGCAGCGUCUCUUGGCUGCGGCGAAACUACUCGCCGACGCCACUGCUAAAAUGGUGGAGGCAGCGCGACAAUGCGCCAGCAGUCCACACGAUGCCAGAAUGCAGGAUCAACUGCGUCAGGCGGCGGAGGAGCUGCGCGCCGCGACUACUCUGGCGGCCACGCCGGCAUUACGCAGGAAACUCAUCACGCGUCUGGAAGCAUGCGCCAAGCAGGCGGCUGCCACAGCCACGCAGUGCAUCGCAGCGUCCUCGGGCGCCGGCCACCACAACACCAAUCCGGCAAGCCAGGAGGAACUCAACAUAGAGUGCCGAACUAUGGCACAGCACAUCCCGCACCUGGUAUCGGGCGUCAAAGGCACACAGGCGCAACCGGACAAUCCUACAGCGCAACUCAACCUGAUAAAUGCUUCCGAGCAAUUUUUACACCCGGGCACCGCCGUCGUAAAAGCAACCAGGGCCGUUUUGCCAACGGUCACUGACCAGGCGUCCGCUAUGCAGCUGAACAACACCUCGCAACAGCUGGGGUCCUCGUUAGCGGAUCUUCGGUCAGCGGUAACGCGCGCGAGGGAAGCAUGCGGCGGAUUAGAGCUUGAUGCAGCAGAGGAAUUGAUUAACAGUUUGAAGGACGAACUGGGUGAAUUUUAUCGUGCUGUUGAGGCAGCCUCGUUGAGACCGUUGCCGGAAGAAACGACGGAAUCCACCGCUCUGCGACUCGGCGCCGCGUCGAAGAACGUUGGCUUCGCCAUGGCGCAAUUACUGUCCGCCGCCAAGCAAGGUAAUGAGAAUUACACUGGAAGCGCAGCCCGGGAAACGGCGUCAGCCCUGAAAGAUCUCACGUACGCCGUGCGCGGUGUGGCUGCUACGUCCAAUCAGCUGGACACACAAAGGAAGGUGCUGAUGACAACCGAAGACGUGAUUCUGCGAUCGCUGCACCUGGUCAAGGAAGCGCGACGCGUGUUGAAGAAUCCUGACGACCCUGAGAAUGAGGCCAACUUAGCUGCCGUCGCGAAAGACGUCUCCAAUUCUCUGAACAAAUGCGUGUCCUGCCUGCCCGGACAAAGGGACGUGGACGAGGCCAUACGUAAUAUCGACGACAUGGCUCAAGUGCUCAACAUGAAUGAAUUCCCCCAAACGAGUAAGAGUUACGGGCAACUGCAGAGCGAUCUUAACAACGCGGCUGCUAAUUUGAACGACGCAUCGUCGAACGUCGUAUCAUCCGUGCGUUCACCCGUGCAGCUCGCAAACUCGUCGAAGCACUUUACCAAUGCCUUCGGGGAUCUGUUGGGCGUGGGUAUGGAAAUGGCCGGUCAGACGACGAUCGAGACGCGCAGCCAAGUGGUCGUAUCCUUGAAGAAUGUCAGUAUGACGUCCAGCAAGCUCCUCGCGACUGCUAAAUCAGUCGCGGCCGAUCCCACCGCGCCGAACGCGAAGAAUCAGCUUUCAGCGGCGGCUCGCGCGGUUACUGAUUCCAUCAAUUAUUUAGUGGACGUGUGCACCUCGGCAGCACCCGGACAGAACGAGUGUGACAACGCUAUUAGAAACAUCCAGUCCAUGCGAUCGUUACUGGAUAAUCCGAGCGAACCCAUCUCCGACGCCUCGUACUUCGAAUGCUUGGAAACCGUUAUGGAAAAGAGCAAGAGUCUUGGCGAUGGCAUGACCGGCAUCGCGAACCACGCGAAAAAAUCGGAACACGAGCAAUUCUCCGUCGCUGUUCGUGGUGUCUCAUCUUCAAUCUGCGGGCUGAUUGAAGCCGCGGCUCAAGCAGCAUACCUAGCGGGAGUGAGCGAUCCUACAUCGGUAGCGGGUAAACCAGGUCUAGUGGAUCAAGCGCAGUUCCUGCGAGCGGCACAAGCCAUACACAGCGGCUGUCAGAGUCUCGGCAAUCCUACCAGUACGCAGCAACAAGUCCUCGCGGCCGCUACUAUGAUCGCCAAACACACCAGCGCUUUAUGCAACGCUUGUAGGCUCGCCUCGAGCAAAACCAGUAAUCCCGUAGCCAAGCGGCAUUUUGUCCAAUCCGCAAAAGACGUCGCCAACUCGACGGCGUGUCUCGUCAAGGAAAUCAAGGCGCUCGAUCAGAAUUAUUCCGAUGUAAAUCGUGAGAAGUGCGCGGAAGCUACGAAGCCACUACUGGAAGCGGUCGACAAUCUUUGCACGUUCGCGAGCUCACCCGAAUUCGCGAGCCAACCUGCCAAAAUAUCCAUCGCGGCGAGAGCCGCUCAAGAACCAAUUACCAGUGCUGGCAAGUCUAUCAUCGACGGCUCGUGCGCCAUGGUGCAGGCAGCCAAGAGUCUCGCGGUCAGCCCGAAAGAUCCGCCUACCUGGCAGCUACUGGCUAAUCACAGUAAGAGCGUUAGCGAUUCCAUCAAAUCGCUGGUGGCAUCCAUCCGCGAUAAAGCGCCUGGUCAGAAGGAGUGCGACGCCGCAAUCGAGAAAUUAUCGGCGCGGAUACGUGAGCUCGACGCCGCGUCGCUGAGCGCAGUCUCGCAGGCUCUCAUGCCACGUCGCGAGAACACCGUGCAGGGCUUCACCGACCAAAUGGAGAGUAGUGCGAGUGAGCUACGCGAGAAACUGGAACCGUUGCGCACCGCCGCUAAGUACGAGGCAGAGAAUGUUGGCCACGCCGUCAAUCAAAUCGCCCUCUACUCGGAACCGCUCGUCUCCGGCGCGAUCGGAGCUGCAUCCAACAUGGUGCACUCGAAGCAGCAAAUGGUACUACUCGACCAGACAAAGACCGUUGCCGAGUCCACGUUACAAUUGAUUUACGUCACGAAGGAGUCUGGCGGUAAUCCAAAGGCCGUCGCACUGCAUUCCGAAGUGGACGAAACUGUCGAGUCGACCAAGGAUGCACUUCAGGAGCUGCAGAACACCCUGGAGACUAUAUCAACAUCGGCGGGAAUUGUAACCGGUUUGAUAGAUACUAUUUCUCGUGCGAUGGUCCGCCUGGAGGAUCAUCGGAUGUCCACCAUCGACACUGUCGACUCUUAUGUGGAUUAUCAGACUAGAAUGGUCGAGGCCGCCAAGGAAAUCGCUCGGCUGGCACAGGAAAUGUCGACCAAAUCAAGCACCGAUGUGGCCAGAUUAGGUCCCCUAGCGGUCGAUAUUUCACACAAGUACACCCAACUUGCUCGUGAUACUUCCGGGGCAUCCGCGGCUGCCUCUAACGCUGAUGUAUCUGCCAGACUUCGUACCGGUGUCCAGGAACUCGGUCGGGCUUGCGCAGACAUCGUGCGUGCUGCUGGUACCUGCCAAAUGUCAUCCGGUGAUGUGUACGCCCAGCGAGAAGUCGCAGAACAUAGUAAGAUCGUAACCGAGAAGGUGUCGCAGGUGUUGGCCGCGCUGCAGGCGGGCUCGCGCGGUACCCAGGCGUGCAUCAACGCCGCCAGUACCGUAUCCGGCAUCAUCGGUGAUCUCGACACCACCAUCAUGUUCGCUACUGCCGGCACGCUGCACGCCGAAAACGAGGGUGACACAUUCGCUGAUCACCGUGAAAAUAUACUGCAAACUGCUAAGGCUUUAGUGGAAGACACGAAGACUUUGGUGGCUGGCGCAGCUUCCUCGCAAGAGCAACUGGCGGUAGCUGCGCAGAAUGCGGUAUCAACCAUCGUUCAGCUCGCCGAGGUCGUGAAGUACGGAGCGGCCAGUCUGGGAAGUCAGAAUCCGGAAGCGCAAGUAAUGCUGAUCAACGCUGUGAAGGAUGUCGCUUCCGCACUCGGCGAUCUCAUACAUGCCACUAAAGCCGCUAGCGGUAAACCAGUCAACGAUCCCAGCAUGGCACACCUGAAGGAUUCUGCCAAGGUAAUGGUGACAAAUGUGACGUCGCUGUUGAAGACGGUAAAAGCCGUGGAGGAUGAGCACACGCGCGGCACCAGGGCGUUGGAGUCCACGAUCGAAGCGAUAGCUCAGGAGAUUCGAGCACUCAGCACUUCGGAGAUCCAGAAGAGCAACGUCACGCCGGAAGAUCUGGUGCGCUGCACGAAGAGCAUCACCAUAUCGACGGCGAAGGCGGUAGCCGCUGGAAACAGCUGCAAGCAGGACGAUAUAAUUGCCGCCGCCAACAUGGGCAGAAAAUCAAUUAGCGAUAUGUUGACCAUCUGUAGAUCUGCGGCCUACAGUUGCGCCGAAACUGCCGAGCUGCGCGAUCGUACCCUCCAGGCCGGUCACGAUGUCGCUAUCAAUUACCGCGAGUUGUUACAAGCCAUCCUGCAGAUCUCAACGCGAUCGAGUGACGCCAAGCACACCUUGCCGGCGAUCUCGCGCAAGAUUGCGCAGAGCGUAACCGAACUGGUGGCCGUGGCGGAACUGCUCAAGGGCACUGACUGGGUCGAUCCUGACGAUCCGACCGUAAUCGCGGAAAACGAGCUACUCGGAGCUGCGGCCAGCAUUGACGCAGCUGCCAAGAAAUUGGCCAGUCUGAGACCGAGAAGAAGCAUUCAGGAGGCCAAUGAAGACAUGAACUUUGACGAAAUGAUUCUGGAAGCUGCCAAAUCGAUCGCCGCUGCUACCUCGGCUCUGAUAAAAGCGGCCAGUGCCGCUCAAAGGGAGCUUAUCGCAACCGGCAAAGUGUCACGUACACCACUGACUAGUUCCGACGAUGGUCAAUGGUCCGAGGGUCUAAUUUCCGCUGCGCGAAUGGUGGCAGCCGCCACCCACAGCCUCGUGGAAUCCGCGAACGCUCUCGUUCAAGGAGUGAGCUCCGAGGAAAAGUUGAUCUCCAGCGCCAAGCAAGUUGCCAGCAGCACGGCGCAACUGUUGGUCGCUUGCAAGGUCAAAGCCGACCCUGACAGCGAGAGCACGAAACGUCUGCAAGCGGCCGGUAACGCUGUCAAACGUGCUACCGAUAAUCUCGUACGUGCUGCGCAACAGGCUAUUCAACAGGAGGAGGACAGAUCCUUAAUUCUCAACCGCCGCAUGGUGGGUGGGAUCGCGCAGGAGAUCAACGCGCGCUCGGAAGUGUUGCGAAUUGAACGCGAGCUGGAGGAGGCACGGGGCAGGCUGACCGCCAUCCGCCAGGCCAAGUACAAGAACCGACCGGACCUGGCUGACGGAGACGGCGACGUGACCGGUGAGCAAAGCGGCUACGAGAGCUACACCACGCGAUACGAGACGAGAGCGUUUGAGCCACAGGCGAGUACACCUUCGCCGAUCCAGACGAUGAAUCACGCGAUGGAUCAGUUGCACAUCAGCCACCAGUAUGUCACUGGUGAUCGGCAGAAUUUGGUCAGUCCGGAAAAGGUGCACUCGACGCAGAGCACACUUGAGAGGAGGAUGAAGGACAGCCAGUACCGGUCCACCACGGAGAACCAGUACGGCUCCUUGGAUAGGAAGUACAUGGACAGCCAUGUACCGGAACGAAGCCCGUAUUUGAUUACCGAGAGAAAGAUCAUAACCGACAAUUCACCCGGCCAGUACAGCUCGAUCGAGCGAAGGAUCAAUCAGGAGAGCUACAGUACGGACAGGAAGCACACGGAUAUCGCUUCGUAUCCGCCCCCUCAGCACAUCUCGUAUUCACCGAAAUCCCCGACCCAGCUCAAGAUCGCUCAGGAGCAUAUCCCUGAGCCUCCAAAGACCCCGCAAUCAGAUCAGCAGAAGUAUCCGACCGAUCGGUUUACAGGUGUCAGUCCAAUGAGCACCUUCCGUUCCGAGAAACAAAUAGACACGCAACGAUUUGGUGGCAACGGCGACAUGCCGCAGCACCAAACGUUCAAGAACAUCGAGAGCAAAAUCAUCCCCGGUGGUAGAAUCGAAACCAUUACGACGAAGGUGUACACAUCGACGCCCGGCAAAAGCAGCAGCGCCUCCAACUACGAGACCACCGAAGAGAAGAAAGAAUACUCGACGUCCGGCAACGAGUUGUCGACGUUCAAGGGCUUCGAUGACGAUGCCGUCGAGGAACGCACGACGAAGCAGUCGAUGCACAAGGUUACAGAGAAGAAGACAGUCACCAUGACCAUGUCGAGCCGGCAGGAGUCUAAUACAAAGACCUUCCGUUAUGAGGAUAAGCCGUAAAGUUGAAAAAUAUGACGAGGAAAUUCACUUCUGCAUAAUUACAAAGAUAAGUUGUAAUCAAAAUUAAAACGACGAAAAAUGGGAGCGCAAAAUAAUUUUAGCACGAUAGUUAGGACAUUAUUAAUUAUGAUCAAUGAUAGAUCGAGCUUCUCAGAUUGAAACCAAAAUAAUCCAAUAAUGAUUAACAAUUAACUUCCUGCUUCCGACAGCAAAAAUCAUCAGCCUGAAAUUUGUAUCCAUUUUAAGGUAGCGUAUCGCGAUAUCUAAAAGCGGCGAAGUGAAACGAAUUAUUUAUAGUAUAUAAAUGAUAGAAAGUGACCUUAGAUAGAUGUAACACUUGUGCUUUCGACUAGUAGCCUUACGAAAUAUACUCACAAAUGUUUCGCGUAAAAGUUUCGCAUAAUGGUUGUUCGCUAGCCAUCGACAAUCGACCUUGUGAGACGAAUUGAUAGCACAUUAUAUUAAUACGGAGAACGCUGUUUACCUUUGUUUGCACAGUAAAUAUAUUUUAUCGCUUACCGCACAUUUCGUGGAUAAUAAGAGGUGUGUAAUUACGCUUGGUUUAGAAUUAAUUUUACGUUUACUCUUUACGGUUAAGAACCACGAAUUAACAAGAGAAACAACAUAUCAUUUAAUUUUAUUAAUUUUUCCGAUGUCGCGCGGAGCCAAUACAGGCCCGGCGAUGUACCACUGUUAUUAACACUUUCCGCUUUUUCGAUUAACUCUCGCCUGGCAAUUUACUCAUUAUUUAUUCUGAAGAUCCACUGUCGCAAAAAUACUGACUCUUUUUCCACAUCUACUUCUGUAUCUGUUCUUCUUCCUCUUGAUCUAUCGAGAUUUAUAUGUUUCUUUUUACGCACAAUUUUUUAUCUUUAUGGCGGUGGCUCGUUCUCACUUUUUAUCGUGCUCAUACUCCAUCGCAGCCUAUAUUGGCUCUUGUCAGUGAUCGAUUAGUGCAAUUAUUAUUAGUCCUUCGCGAAUAGCUAUACUAUUGUGCGUAAGUAUCUGUCUAGUACGUAUAUAGAAUUUCGAAAGUCAGCGCGGUGCUAUCGAAAGCCGCGAAUUUUAACGAAAAAAAAGUGCCUAAGCCCAGUGAGCUGCCGCUUUCCCUACUUAACGUGCUCUUGUAGUUGUUCUAAGUAUUGCCUAAUAAUACCAAAAAUCGAAUGCUUUACUAAUGUGUUUAAUGGCGCGCGUGAACGACACGCGUCGCGUAUCGACAUGCGGCCGGAGAAACGCUGACAUCGGGUUCUUCCAAAGCAACAUGUGCGUGCACGUGCACGUACUGUAUACUUUUAAGAGCGAUUGAACAUCGCGAGUUUAUCUUCAAGUUCGCGCAAACUUGAUGUUUCAAUUGCUGACAUGAUUGGACUUAAUUCAGCCAAUUAUUUCUGUUUUGAUUUAUUGUAUGUGUUACGUUAUGGUAACUGCGUCUGCGUUUUAAUCGUGUUUUGAGUCAUAAAGAUAUAAAAAAAUGUUCAUUUAUUAUAGUUGAUAAAUUUUCACAUUUAUAUGAAAAUUGGCUAAAUAUGAAAAAAAAUCAAGCGUGAAUGAUUAAUAGAACUUGAUCGGUUUGCGCGAACUUUCACGUUUAAAACAGUGUGCCAUGAUAUACAACAAAACAAAUGUUUCGAGAGGUAUGAGGUUGACGAAUUAUAUAUAUAAAGAUAUACAUGGAUUAUAUAUAUUAUAUACAAGAUGUUUGCAAGAUAACAUAUAUAAGAUAACAUAGUAAUUUUUACGAAUGUAAUAACGUUUUGUAUUGUUUUAAUGGUUUAUAAUAUUAUAUAGAAGAUAGUUUUUUAAUAGUUAUUCUCUCUAUAGUUAUCUCUUAUACAUAUAUACACACACAUACCAAACCACACUACACCACACCACAUCACCACACACACAAAUAUUUUGCAGAUCCAUAUUUUUCACGGAAUGUUAAGCGAGCUACAGCAUUAUAUUGCUCUUUUUACUUAUUAAUUUUACUUAUUAAUUAUUAUGAGAGAUAUUAUCGUUAUGGUUUGUAUCAUUAAUCUUUUCAUCGCCAUAAUUAUUAAAUCUAAAUUGUUUAUACUUGUAUACAAACGUAAUCAAUAAAAAAAGAUUUUUAACAUC